AUUUUGAUGGACUGCGGUUUGAUGGCACAAUUAAAGCCGUCCCUUCUCACCCUAUCCCUUCUCCCUGGCGGUUCCACCCUCCCGUGGAGAACCACGAGGUCUGUCCCGGUGGGAUUUCGCUCUUUUCCCCUCGGGAUUUCAUUCCAGGUGCGGCGCUAGGACCCGGCGCUGGAGCCUGCGCCCUGCUCGGCAGCACCGCGGCACCGCAGCCCCCGCAGCCGCCUCCCUCCUUCCCUCCCUCCUUCCUUCCCUGCCGACCCUUCGGGAUCAUCCCGCCGCAUUCCCGGUCCUUUCCGCCCUGGGAUCGCCGCUCCGGAGCCGCAGCAAGUCCCGGACACGCCGAGGAUGCAGCGGGAGGAAAACCCAAAAAUUCUGCAGUGGAACAGCCCUGGAAGGUCCCUCCUGAUGGAAAUUUGGGAAUUCUGGAAUUCCCUGAGCAGUUUGGAGUCAGUGAUGGCAGCAACACACCUCACACAGGGAUGCCCCGGCGGCCGGCAGUGCCCACGCUGACCACGCUGUGCCUGCAGAACCUGGCCCAGCACAUGCAGAGCCUCUGGGCCAAGGACUACAGUGACAACUACCUGGACGAGUACGAGUUCCGCUUCCUCGUGGGGCCCUUCAACGACCUGGCCUGCGGGCUGGUGCAGGAGCUGCUGCAGCUGCUGGGGAGGAGCCGGCGGCUGUCGCGGGCAGCGCUGCAUCUGCUGCUGCUGCCACACCUGCAGCAGCUCAGCCUGCAGCCCUGCCCCACCCUCGCCAACAACGCCCUGGGGCACCUCAUCGUGCUGCGCUGCCAGGGCCUGAGCGUGCUGGAGCUGAGCGGCUGCGGGCGGCUGUCCCCGGCCGUGCUGGUGGACCUGGCCGAGGGGCUGCCCCGCCUGAUCCGCCUGGGGCUGGCCCACACCCAGACCAACAUCCAGGUGCUGUCAGCCGUGGGCUCCUGCUGCCGCCGCCUGCGGGAGCUCGACGUGUCCGGCUGCAAGAAGGUGACACCGCGCGCCCUCCGCCACUUGGGCUACGACCCCGUGGAACGGCGCCCCGGCUGUCCUGCGCUCCGUGUCCUGCUGGCCCGUGAGCUGGAGGGGGACGCGGUGACAGCCGUGGCCUUCCUGCUGCUGGCCCUGCCGCGCCUGGAGGUGCUGGCACACGGCGCCGUGCCCGACGCGCUGCGGCUGCUGCGCUCGGGGCGGUUGGGUGGCACCGAGGACUCGGAGGGUUUCCCCUCGCUGGAGGAGCUGGCACGGAGCAGGGGGGAUUCAGCAGAGGAAACCCCGCUGAUGUUGGCACUGAGGCAGCUGGAGGAGGUGGAGGAGGACGCCCUGAGCACCGUCCACGCUGUGUGUCCCCAAGCUGAGGAGCUCAGCGUGUGGCUGGGGGACAGUCCCAACCCCUCGGGGCUCCGGGAGCUGUCGGGAUGGAAGUGCCUGUCCCGCCUGACGCUGGGCUGCUCCGGGCGGCACAGCCGGGCGCUGGCAGAGCUGCUGCCCCUGGCACAGGGUCUGGGCAGCCGCCUGCGCGUCCUGACCCUGCACAGCUUCAUCUGCCAGGACCCGCUGUCGCUGCCCGCCCUGCUCACCAGCUGCCCCAGCCUGCAGAGCUUCAGCGCCGAGCUGGAAGUGCCACCAGACCCCCAUGAGGAGCCCCCCGAGGAGGAGCCGCCACGCUGGGCCACCGACCUGCUGCCACAGAGGCUACCCCGUCUCCAGAGCUUCUCGCUGAGCCUGACCAGCCCUGUGCCAGCCACACACAGGCCGGUGCUCAGCUCCACGCUGGCAUCGCUGCUGUGCCAGGCGCCGCGGCUGCAGAUCCUGCGCCUGCUGGCCGUGCCCUUCCCGCUGGACUCGGUGCUGGAGCCGGCGCUGGCGGGGCUGCAGGAGCUGCAGGAGCUGGUGCUGGCCCAGAGCCGCGUGUCCCCUGGCACCGUGUGGCAGCUGCUGGGCUCCGACGGGCCCCUGCGCCGCCUGGACCUGUCCCGCUGCCCCGACAUCCACCGGCGCGACUACGACGGGUUCCUGCAGGCCGUGAGGAAGCAGCGCCUGGAGCUGGACAUCACCUGGGAGUAGCACCGGGGUUUUUAAUAAAAUCAUCACCAUCACA